AUGGAACGUGUAGGCAAGUACUGUCGAGCGCUUCGCAAAGUCUACGAAGAGGAAGGGAUCAAUUCUUCUCAUUCGGUAUCUGUUAGAAAGAAGAUAAGGCGCGUGCUAUCCGAGUUGGACGAGUCUGAUGAAAAUGCGCAAGCAUUGGAGAUGUUCUGGAGGGCUUCUUAUUACGAACCAUUAAAUAAGUUGAGGAAACAAAAGACUGUUGACGAUAAUUGGUUCAACGUUAUGGUGUCGGUUUUCUGCGGAGAAUUGCAAUGCAUGUUGGCUGAGAGUCCUCGGCAUGCUGCAAUGUACAACCUAUACCUAGGAGAUCUUCAUAGAUAUCUCACAAAUACCGAUCAGUCGUCGCUUUCUACGUUAUACUACCGACGCGCCGUGGAGAUGGACGCAGAUGUAGGUCAAGCGUACAAUCAGCUUGCUUUGAAUGAAACGCCGGUGAAUUCUGUGAGCAGAACUAAUCUCGACAGUGAAGGAAUCCGUCUGGUAGAGGCGAUCAAAUCGUUGAGUGAUCCGUUCCAUGACUCACAACUGGCGUCACUGCUUCUUAUCUUAUCGCUUAGUUGUCGACUGACGAUGGAGAGUGGGAAUGGUUAG